AUGGCGAACUUCUCCAGUUUAAAGGCGCUAGUCCUCUCAAAUAAUAUUGAGCUGAGAAUUGAAACUGAGUUUCCUAGCUGGGUGCCAUCUUUCCAACUUGAGCAUCUUGCCCUAGAUAAUUGCAUCAUCAACAAACAUAGCAAUGGAAAGAUCCCUACCUUUCUUCUUGGACAAAGAAGCAUUCUUGAUCUAGACCUCUCUGGCAGUUUUCUCAGUGGGACUAUUCCUCUUGAGCUAUUCUACAGCAUCUCUAAUUCCCUAUCUCUAAGGAAAAACAGUCUAGAAAUAGUAGAGAAGUUUAGUCUUGAAAAUGGAACAUCAAGAUUGGGAAUGCUUGAUUUCUCAGACAAUCAAAUUGCAAUGCAACUUCCUUCAGCAUUUGGCACCAUAUUCCCUGCCCUUAUAUACUUGAACAUGUCCCACAAUGCCCUGUAUGGUCAUAUUCCAUCAAUAGGUCCUGAUGUUUUAGAAGUUCUUGAUCUAUCAAACAACCACCUGGAAGGGGUGAUUCCUGAGUCCCUUACAACAUUUCCCUCGGCGUUAAAAUAUUUGAUUCUGUCUAAUAAUAAGCUACAAGGUGGACUGCUACCAAAGAACUCAAGCAUGUUCAUGUUGUUGCACCUUGAUCUUGAGAACAAUCAUCUGGAAGGCAACCUACCACCGGAGUUAAGAAAGAGCACCAUGUUAAAGAUACUAAAUGCCAACAAUAACAAGUUAUCUGGAACUAUACCUAGCUGGCUCUUUUCAUAUGAAGGCCUACUGGAAUUAAGUGUCAUUCUAUUCAAAGGAAAUCAUUUGGAAGGCUCCAUUCCAAAGGAAUGGUGCAAUACCAUAAACUUACACAUCCUUGACUUGUCAAACAAUUCACUUUCAGGAAAUAUACCAGAUUGUCUAUCAGAUUUCGCUAAUGCGUAUUUCUCGAAUCUUUAUUCGAAUAACCUAUAUUUUCCAAAUGGCAUCAAAAGAGCAAACAUUCCAGAUCAGAACAUAUUUAAUGAAUCAUACGGAAUUAAUAAAGAGUCAAAUGAAGUUACUAUCAACAUCACUACAAAAGGCACAUCGAUGCAGUAUAGAGGAUUACCACUAGAGUUCUAUAUUGGAAUAGACCUUUCUAUGAAUCAUCUAUCGGGAAACAUCCCACUAAACCUGGGGUUUGUACCAGGGUUAAAGUCACUGAACUUAUCAAGGAACCAUUUGAGGGGCACAAUCCCAGACACCUUCCAGAACUCACUGUCUUUGGAGAGUCUAGAUCUCUCCCACAAUUAUAUAAAUGGUAAUAUCCCCAGUGGGCUCACUCAACUGUCCUCACUCUCAUCGUUCAAUGUUGCACACAACAAUCUGUCAGGGGAGGUCCCUUAUACAGGGCAAUUCCCCACAUUUGAUAAAAGUUUCUUUGAAGGAAAUCCAGAUUUGUGCGGAGAAGCUGUGGAGAAGAAAUGCUGUACCACCAACAUAACAUUUGGUCUCUGGAAAAUGGAUAUAAUCGACUCUCCAAUCAUAUACUGGUCAUUUGUCUUUGGGUCUUUUGCAACUGGGUUCUGGGCUACCAUUGCUGUUCUAAUGUGGAAUUCCAGCUUAAGGGAGAAAUGGUUCAGUGCAGUGGACCAUUUGAUCACCGGUUGGAAUUAAGGCUCAGACAAAUUGUAUGGAAGCAACCUAUUAAUGUACUGUGAUAUUAUUUCAGGUUUGGACAACCAUGGUAAAUUGAUUGCAUCAGUGUAUAUGCCGUGGUAUUUAUGAUUUUGUCUUCAUGGAUCAGCAACCACAACAUUCGCAUGGCACUUGCAUUCAAGGUGCAUGAUAUAGUUUAGAUCCUCUCUGGUCAUCAUCUUCGAUCUUCUUUUUUUUAUAUCAAAUCUUCGAUCUUC